AUGGGUCUUGUGGUACUCCUGGCGCAAUGCGUCGCCAUGUUUGUCGCCAGCAUGCUGGUCGGAAGUCUGCCGUUGAUGUUCAAAUCAGCUUCUUCCGGAAAACAAUUGAAAGCCGUCUCCGUGCUCGGGAUGGGUAUACUGGUGGGGGCAGCCCUCACCAUCAUCAUACCAGAGGGCGUUUCGACUCUAUUUGACUCGCUACCGCACGGCUCAAAGCACGCCUCGGAGCACAGCCAAGAUACCGUCAGCGCCAUCGGCCUGAGUCUCCUCUCUGGCUUCGCUUUGAUGCUACUGAUCGAGACGCUCACUCCUCACCCUCCUUCUGCUCACGACGCUUCUCCCGCUUCUACACCGCCCUCUCCUUCUACUCCCCUGACAGGCACUUCCCAAGAAGACGGACGUCCGAACCUCGCACAUCUCAACUCACGCUCGCCGAUAGUACCGAAACGUAUGCAUGUACACGACGGCAAGGAUGAAGGGAGACAGUGCGCGACUGGCGGCGCCAUCAGGGGGCUGAACGCGACCCUAGGUCUGGUCAUCCAUGGAGCGGCGGACGGGAUUGCGUUGGGAGCGAGCAGCAUGAGCGACAAGGGAGGACUGGGCCUGAUCGUGUUUCUCGCUGUGAUUGUGCAUAAGGGACCCACCGCGCUUGGUCUCACCACGACGCUGCUCUCGCUGGGCUUGGACCACGCUGGCAUCCGAAAGCGACUCAUGAUCUUCUCUUUUGCUGCGCCACUAGGCGCCAUCUUGACGUUCACCAUCAUCAACCUGUUUGGCGGCAAUACACCAGGAUCCGCCAAAUCCGAGGUGGACGGUCUGCAAUGGUGGACGGGCAUCGCGCUGUUGUUCUCCGGCGGUUCCUUCCUCUACGUUGCUACCGUCAUACAGCCUCUGUCCUCGACCAAUCCAGAAGAGCACGAACACACCCAUGCUACAGUCGGAUCGGGCUGCUACUGGGCGGGAUGUUGCUGCCAGUAUUGCUGA